AACUCAAUGGCAUGUUCAGUGUUGGUUGUAAGUCCGUGUGGGGCAGGUAUAUACACUCGCUGCGUCGGGAUAUUAACAUUACACGACGUAACUCUUACAUGUGGUCCUUCUUGCACAAUUAACAAAGACGGAGGACAAGAUAAUUUACCUUUAUAGUCUGGAAAGGUAACGAGCGCAGUUCUAAUUUUCCCUCACGAAAGCCUGCUAUUAUACACACACAAGUUUUGAGAACUUUUUCGACUGCAUGUGAAGGAUGAGGUGGAGGGCGAGGUGUGUGGUAGCGGGCUUGCCCUCCUGACCACACUGCUGGGUGGCACACGGCUCACCAGGACAACCACACACACACAACCACACACACACACGUGGGCGCCAGCAAACAUGGUGUCAUGGUCGUCCUUCCCUCAUGAAGGCUCCUGAACACUCGCCCACAGUGGUCAGCCAUCAGCGGUGAUGCAAGACCAGGCUGAGCUACCUCGCUGCUGACCUGGUACUUCUGUGUGCUCCACGACCUACAUAAUUACUGUGUUAUCUCUCGUGUUGUGAUCAUAGUGCUUUCUCCGCCUCAAGAAAAUUGUUAUCUCAACUUAUUAGGGAGCAAACCCCCAUAAAGAUUGUAUUUACACGCCUCUUAUCACAUAAUAGUGAGCAUCCACCAGGCAGCCUCCCUGGAAAUACAGAAUAUUUUAAGUGUAUUAGAUCAGCAGCUGAGGGGACAAGGAAGGCAAAUUCUUGGGAGUGUAGCCCAGGACAAGGUGGGCGUGGGGGGGUAGGGCACGGGCGUACCAUGCGUGGGCGUGAUGCCAGUGAGCUACCAGAGGCGUGGCGGCGGUGAGCUCGGGCUGCUGGAGCGGUCAGCGGUGGCACUCGUGGGUGACCAGUGGCACACCGACGGCGAAGGAAUGCCGGGGGACGCUAAGUAUGAGCUUGAGGACUACGUUUACGAGAUGGAGUGUCGAGCAGGCGAGAUGGCCCGCUCCGAGGAGGCCGAGGACAUCCACGCCCGCUUGGCCCAGAAGGAGAGGGACCUCAUCUUGGCCGCCGAGCUGGGCAAAGCCCUCCUGGAGAGGAACGAAUUGCUCGUGCAGCAGAACGAACGUCUUGCAGAGGACUACAGUCACAAACUAGAGGUGUUGGAGCAAGAGAAACACAGUUUGAGACGAAAGUUGACUUCUACAGAGAGCGAAUAUGAAGUCAGAAUACAGGAACUCACCAUCGACUUGCAGAGUGUCAAGGGUGAGCUGCAUGAGGAGAGGGACAGCAUCAAACAGACGGAGAGGGAUAAGAGUCAACUCAUUGACCAACUCACCGAGCAGAACCAACGACUCACCACUCAACUCAAAGAGUCGUCCAAGCAUGAGCAGCAGUUGGAACUACAGCUGCAGCACCUGCGGGACCAGUUUAAUGUGCGCAAGUCCAACAUGACGGAGCAGGUGUCGACGCUGGAGGUGCUCCGGGAGGAGAUCAACAUGCUGACGGAGCAGAAAAUGGACUUGGAGCGCAGGAUAGACAGCCUGAUGGAUGAGCGGGAAGGUCUCAGCUCCAACCUGGACGCCACUUCUGACAGGCUGGUGAUGCUGGAGAAGCAGUCAAGAGAGCAAGAGGCAAUGCUGCGGAACAGAGAUAGAGAUCUGGAUGACUUGCGGCACACCAACCUCUCGCUGACGGACCGUCUGGAGGCCUACAGCAGGAACUCCUCCUCCCCCUCCAUGGGUCACACCUCCCUCCAAAACGAGAUAGACAUGAGCGACCAUGAAGUCUCUCGACCGCACUCUCAUCCCAGUAUACCAGAGAAUCUCCUCGAUCUGGAUGAGGACGACAUUAUCGAGUGCGACGACCCAGUCCUCUACCCGUCUACUGACUCAGAGUCACUCAAGAUGGGCACAACUUCUCUGCGGCAGGAGGUUGUGGACGUGAUCGGUCAGGUUCGAGUGAUGAUCGACCAGCUAAGACACAGACGGAGGAACUCCCUCACCUCUCUCUCCACCAACUCCUCCGAUGAACUCUCGCCGGAUAAACUGAAGAGCGGCGUGCUGGGCGGGGUGGUGCGCGAGCUACGGGGCCUGGUCAGAGACCUCCUGCGGCGGGAGGCCCAGGGCGAGUGUGCCUCCUGUGGCCGCAGCGAGGACAGACUGCAGCUGGAGCAGGAGGUCCACAGGGCGCUGGAAGCCGUCGACAAGCUCAACAUCGAACUUGCUGACGUGAAGGAUAAACUCAAGGGCAAGACGGAGGAGGCCGCCGACCUGGGCCACCAGCUGACACUCGGCGAGGCUCAGCUCAAGGCCGUGGCUGAACAGCGGGACAACCUCAAGCAUGACCUUAGCAACACCCACCUGGCAAAGGACGAGCUCAUCAAGAAGGCUUGGGACAUGCGGGACAACGCAGUGGCCCGCAAGAACGCCUGCGAGAUUGAGUUGGCGAGAACCAGGAUUGAUGUGAUGCAGAUCAACUCUCAACUCAUGGAGGCCAUCCAGCAGAAGGUGGAGCUCUCCCAGCAGCUGGAGCAGUGGCAGGUGGACAUGCAACAGCUGUUGGACGAGCAGAUGAGGCGAAAACUAAGCAAGCUUGAGAUGGGAGGAGGAGCGGCAGCUGCUGCCGCUGCUGCUGCCCGACGACAGGCUGCCAAUGCCAGCGACUCUGACUCCUCGUGUAGUGGCAAGACCUCUCCCAGGAAGAACUCUCGCCUCUUUUCCAUUCUCACUACCCUCAAGCGGUAACCUCAAGCGGUAACCUCAAGACGCCUUCCGGUUACCUUCGUUACCACCAACUGUGUCAUCUCCAGCAACCUCAUAUUAUCCCAACAGACUACUCUCAUCUUCAACUGCAAAAAAAAAGUGUAAAAACACCUCAAAUCAUAUCUAGUAUAAUAUUUCGAGCAAUGAAGUUUAUGCUGAUGUCCACAAGAGUACCGUCUUCAUCUUCAGUAACCUCCCAGUCAUCUGGUUGAUACCUGCUUGAUGGGGUUCUGGGAGUUCUUCUACUCCCCAAGCCCGGCCCGAGGCCAGACAUGACUUGUGAGAGUUUGGUCCACCAAACAUCUGCAACCACUGGCAGCCUGCAGCUAUAAUGUAGAGUCUCCGGAGUAUAUGGAUGCAGUGGCCAGCUGCACCACUCUUUCUCCAGUGGCCCACUGACAACACCCAAACCCACGUCAGGAACCAUCACAACACUGGGCUCACUAUCACAACCUCUCCCGUCCAUGUAAUAUUUGAAGACCCACCUCAGACAGCUUGGACUAUUGUGGGUUUCCCGGAAAGAACACCUUGCUGUUGCCGUCAUUCUUCUGGCCCACACUGGACCUUUUUCUCGCUGCCUGCAACUCUCCAGUAUUUCCGUCUUAGUUGACAUCAAGCCACAUUUUCUAUAACUUGAACUUGAAGCGUCUUUUAUAGAAGUGAUCAACUCUUAAUACCUCCUUUAACAAGGACAAAUUACGUCUGAUGAGAAGGGUCUAGAUGCUCGCAGUGAGGCUGUUUUUUUCCUCCAUUGUAACGAAAACUUAAAAGUUCUGGAUGACGUGAGUUAUUUCCAAACUUCUUUACUCUCCUUGCACUCUUUGCCACACUGACGUAUGGCAGACAAGUCUGCCAAAUCAAAACAAAUCAAGGCGAAUAAGAGCACGUGGGAAGGUUGUUGGAGAUACUUUAUAUGUGUUACUGGGGGCUGCCAGUCCCAUCCAACACAUCCUUAAUUUGUCCAGUAUACUUUAAGAAACAGCUAUCGAUAAGUUCAUUAGUAUUUGGCCAGUUUGAUUGGAGUGUUGAACAUUGCUGCUGCUGCAAUGAGUACUUCAUAAUCUAUUUGUCUCGCAAUAAACGAACGUUUUAACGAUUGAUUUCAUGUGGUGGAUGGGACUGUCUCCUCCCGCCACCAGUGUUCGUGUGCGCUCCGCAGCCAAAACAACAGAAAAUAUGAACAAACUUGGCGUAUUGCGUCAGAACGUAUCGUCGACACACGCAUUUAUUAUUAACUUGAGUUGGGUCCUAAGCUUUAAUCCUAGUUUUGUCAGCUUUGAUCAUGUCUGGCCUUAAGUACAGUAUAACGAAGCGUGUAGAGUUCGGAUUAAGCUGGCAUCAGUGGUAAGUGUUGUUGCUGACCAUCCCAGGCUAUAAUGGUCGUGAAUCUUGUGUGUGCUGGACGUGUCUUGGACUUGUUACAAGAGUCACACUGAUACAAGUUGAACAAGCUGGGAAAAUUAGUUUUUCUUAAAACAUAGAUGAUAUAUAUAUAUAUAUAUAUAUAUAUAUAUAUAUAUAUAUAUAUAUAUAUAUAUAUAUAUAUAUAUAUAUAUAUAUAUAUAUAUAUAUAUAUAUAUAUAUAUAAUUUUAAAAUAUAAUAAAUUUAUUUUAUAUUGAUAGUUAUUUUAGUUAUAAUACUUAGCUGUGAUAUAUUGAGCUCUACUUGGCUUACAUGAGAUAUGUACUACUGUUGCUGUCUGUGGACAAACUCACUAGUCUGUACACCACAACAACACAAAACUAUAGUGUAGCUCUUCUGAUGAAGAUAUUUUAAUUUGGAUUUGUCUUCGCUAACAUUAUCGCAAUAUUCCAGAUCUCUAGUGUGUUAUAUUUUCUCUUCUAUAAUCUUUUUUGAACUCCUCUUUGCUAAGUUACAAAUUCGAAGUAGUUUAUGCAGUGUUUAUCCCAGUGCGAGGAAUGUGGCUGCAUGCACUAUACUCUGUCUCGGUGAUAGUGUCUCUUGCCAGUCCCCCUAAAACCUCCUGGGAUAGUACGUGGACCUCGGAAAAAAAACGUUAUCAAAUUUUGACAAGAAUUUAUUAACCUCAUCGUAUAUUGAUUUCGUUAGGCUGUUUAUAGAGUCCAUAUGAGUUCCUAGGUUGCAAACGGACCAAAGUCACAGGCGCCUGUUGGUCUUCCUACGUAUAUGGACGCGACUUACGCUCAUGCGCGGUUUCUUUGAUAGUAAGUGUUUGCUUCUCUGUCAUUAUCGUCCACAAUCCUAUGGUUUCUUCCCUCGAAAACCUGAAUAUUCCUUAUAUACAAUUUUCCUGCGAUAGAAAGGCCAGUGUCUAUCGACUCAGGAAGUAACAGGAAAGCUACCCUUUUGAACGUUUAAUUCUUUUUAAAUAAUUAUUUUUCUUGUUUACGAUCCUGAGUUACAGAGUUAGCAUAGAGUCGUCUUGGCGGCCACAAUCCAGGUGUUGAGGGUGUUGAUCAGUGGUUCUAAUAGCCACGUACUUGAAACUCCUCCAAAAAUAUUGAUCGCUUCUGGCUUGUGACGGAAGAUGUCUCUGGCUAACUGGACUCGUGGAUAACACAGGUUGUUAUUUUCACAUUACACACGCCAUCUGGGGCCUCUCCCUACCUGCCUCUUCUUCCCUCUCCAACUUCAAACUUGGCCACCUCAUUGUCAAUUGGUUUUGUUGUGACUUUGCAUCAUUUCUUGACGUAUUAAUAUAAAUCUGCUUUUAUUGACUCGAGUCAUACACACUAAAUCCCUGGCACGCUUGAUAUAAAUUAUAAUUUUUAAAUUCGCUUAAAAUUAAAAAAAACACAUGUGUGUAUAUAAAUAUAUGCGUACAUACAUUCAAGCAUAAUCCAUACAUCUACAUAUAUACAUAAAAUAUAAAAGCUGAGCACCUCAGACAUUCCAUGUGUUAAUUCCAUUGUUUGAAUAGGUUUAAGUAAUUCCCAGUAACUAAGGUGAAAAUUAUCCGGAAUGUAAUUCCUGUCUGGGUUUCUUUUCUCUCACUAACUAGAUGUAAAUAAAGCACUUGUAUAUACCAAGAGCCACAGUAGGUGGGAGGAGGUGCGGGCGACACCCGCGGAAGCCGCUCUGGUUACCUCGGAGGAUUUGAUGGAUUUGUUCAUUUUCUUGAACGUAUGUAAUGGUUGCACGAAUGGUCCCUCCUUUCACCCAAUGCCGCUAUUAAUGAAGCGGUGAAAUAGAUGCCCGGGAGUUAGCUGGCUGUUGUGGGUUGCAUCCUGGGGAGGGUCAGGGGUUGGUCUUAUGGGACCUCGAUAAGCCUACCAUGCCCCCUGUUUCCGAGAAAGGGAAUUAUGUUUAUCAAUAUUGCAAGCCAUAAUUGCCUGGCUUCAAUAAGGCACAAAGAUAUAAUAAGUUGUGACAUUACAAGUGUAGGAAACUCGCACUGUCCUCCCGAGUGACCAUUCCAAAGCAAUGAUAUGAAAGCACUGUAUAUUUAAUCACUAGCAAUUCAGCAUAAAGACAAACUAGUGUGGUUUCUAGCAGUGUCCCCUACAUAUCCUCUAUUUUCUAUACCGGGUUUUGUGCAGGGGGACUUGGACAUUCUGACCAUUAUCUCUCUCACUUCUCGAAGGAUAAUUGGGCCUUAUUUUACUUUUUUAAGCUAUGAUUUUCUCAUUGCACUACGAUGCAUCAUAACUUUUUACAUGUUAGUCAAGUAAAAGAUGUACGUUUUUGGGGAGAUGAACAAAAUGAAUGCCUUAAAUAUAUAUUUAUAUGUAUCCGUCCAGCAGUAUCCUAUUGUCUCAGUGAGAUUAUUGAUAGCUGUUAACAGGUUCACAUAAGGAUUGCCUAGCAUAUCCCUAAUGGUUCUUUAGCAGAAUCUAGUUGUAAUAGUUGUAAAGAGAACAUGAGAAGCGAGGCAUGUGUGUGUGUGUGUGUGUGCUAGGCUGCGGCCACCGUCUCAGGUGGAGAGAGAAGACCUCGUCUGGAAGCAGCAGCAUCUAACCAGCACUUGCAACACAACUAUUGAAGUAAAGCUAGAAUGUUAAGGAGAUGUUCAGUGUCCACUAGUGUGUUGGGACACUUGGGAUGAUGAAGCAUCUGUAUACUAGUGCAAUAAACUCUAGCAUAAACAC